GGCCAUCAUCCUUUUUGGCCAGAUGUCCCAGACGCCGCUCAGAUCCUUGUCCAGUGUAAGAGGCCCAGAACGUCUCAUAGCGACGGUGAAUGCAGUCCUCAGGCUAUCGAGGCCAUCAGCACUUCGGUUAGCUGGGCUGGAGCGGACUUGUGGCUCAAAGGCCAAGGCCUACAGUUAUAUUGA